CUUCGUAGGUUUGUAAGUCAGCCAUGCGAGCAGGUAAUAAUUACCACAAGCAAUGUCCUCUGUGCAAGCCAAAUAGCUGUUAUUUUUUGUGAUACCAGUACCAGUGGCUAAAGCAGUGACUAGUGACAAAUGGUGCUAUAAAAGACACAUUGAUGUAUCAUCCAGUGAUUUCGGCCAUCCCUGCCCAUCAAGGCAUGCAAAGCGACAUGAUCCUCAAUUCACAGAAACUCUCAGUCAACGACAAUGUCUUGAUUGCUGAAGCCGUUGGGAAUCCUGUGAACGGUCUGACCAACCACAACCACGUCCAGCUCAUUUCGAAUGGGAGCCAGACGACCCCAAGCACCGGCGCUAACAAUGGAAACGGCCUGGCGAGCGGAGGAAAUGGAGGUGGAUCCGGGCGAUCUACCCCCAACAACGACCCCGCCCCCAACAAGCUCUUUGUCGGCGGACUCAGCUGGCAGACGACUCCCGAGAAGCUUCGGGAAUACUUUGGCGUAUUUGGCACUGUUACCGAUGUCCUCAUCAUGAAGGACCCCAUGACUCAACGAAGUCGAGGGUUUGGCUUCAUCACUUUCGCUGAUGCGACCAGCGUGGACAAGGUGCUUCAGGUCUCCAGUCAUACCCUGGAUGGGAAGAAGAUCGACCCGAAGCACGCCACUCCGAAGUCUAAGAAGGGGACAACCAAGACCAAGAAGAUCUUCGUUGGAGGACUAAGUCAAGAGACGUCUGUUGAGGAAGUCAAACAGUACUUCUCUCAAUUUGGCACUGUGGAAGAAGCCGUGCUCCUCAUGGACAACCAGACGAAGCGUCACCGUGGCUUUGGCUUUGUGACCAUGCUGAAUGAAGACGCCGUGGACAGGAUCUGUGAGAUUCACUUCCACACGGUGAAAGGGAAGCGAGUGGAGUGCAAGAAGGCACUGCCCCGAGAGGCCGUAUCCCAGCCGACCCCAUCUCUUGCCCUCCUGAUGGCUCGUCAACGACUUCUCACCGCGGCAGCUGCCGGGAUGCCGGCAGGCCUCGUUCCCGCGGCUGCAACUGGUGUUCCAGGCCUCAUGGGGCUUGGAGUGGCAUCCGGUCCACAGGUAAAUACCAGUCACUUCUCGGCGGCUGGUGCCUCUGCCCUACAACAAAUGGGAUUGGCUGGGGCCACCUCCUUGGCUGGUUCAUCAGCAGCUUGCGCGGCCGCUGCUGCCGCUGCGGCUACACCUACCUCAGUCUCGACCACUCAAGCCUCGGUUCAAGCCCAGGCCCAGGCGCUGUCCCAAGGUGGGUAUGGGAAACUGCUGGCCUACCAGAAUAUGGCUUCGGCAUAUCGCUUCUCUCCCUAUGGAGUCCCUACAGCUGCAGCGGUCACCCCGACAAUGGCCUCCAACACUCCCUACAUGACGAGCUACGCUCUACCGACUGCUUUCGACCUCUCCUCGCUUCAGGGUGUAGACUGGACCACCCUGGGGCUUCCUACCAUGUAUGCAGCCUAAGGCUGCUGCUAGUCCAAAUGUCUUUACCAGUGCUUCCAGCAGGUCCAUGUGACCGUUUCCUGGCUCUUUCACAUAUGGGAUUGUCGCCUUUGGAAACGAACGACCUUCCAGCGAUUAUCGUUGCUAGGACUCUUAAGUGUCUUGCCAGGUUCUUUUUUUCAUGCAAUGCCAUGAAGCAACAGCUUGUUUUGCUUCGUGGUCGUUGUGUUGUUGUGGUGGCGAGUUGUGGAAAAUUUAUAGUCAUGCUGAAUGAUCUCAUCCUUGGAAAAAAAAAAUCCUAUCUCUCUCCCAGAGGAGCAAUAAGGGAAUCAUUGGCUUCCACUCUGUGCAGAGACCUACCCUGCUACUCUUGGUAGGCAAUGUAUCCGGAUUUACCAAUUACAAGGCAGUCUACAAAAUUUUAUGCGUAAUAAUUUCUUGCAUUUAUCUCAAUUCGUCAAUGGCAUAAUGAAACUGCAUUUCCCAAACCAGUGGAUAUACAAGUGGAGGGUAGUUUACAAACCCCCCAUUCGCCUGUGAUAUCCCUUCUUCAAGUCAUUUUGUGAUGGAGAUCAAGAUUAUGGAGGUAAUAGAUGAAAUCUUUAGUCUGGAGUAUUUAUGAAUGUCAAAAUUCACCACUUAUCAGUAUUAAUCAUCCCAUACCAAAAGAAGCAAAGACAAAAAUGCAUUGCUUUAAAGGAACCAAGUGUUCAAAUACCUUCUUCUUGUACUUACAGCCCCCAUCAAGGGAACGAACACAUGAUCCCUUGUUCUGUUUCUUUGUGCCAAUUGAGCAAUAAUUUUCUCUGUGACAGAGAAAGAUUGGAAGAUAUUUUUGUAAGCGAGACGUCUGAGGGAGAAAAAAAAAUUGCAAAUUUCUUUUUUUCACCCGGUCUCAUUCUCAUUUCCAGCCGAGAAUUGGAAACACCAAUGUGGUUUGUCAUUGUGUCUCACUGAGCACUGGUUUCUCCCUCCCUUAGAGUUGAGAAUGCUGCUGGUAUCCUAGACGCUGUUGAUGUAGAGAGUUUCACCGGCACCGUAGUGGAGCCAGUGAUAGUUGUUGUAUCUUUACAUGGUAUUUUCGCUUUCUUCUCCUGUCUGCCUCGAGACGAGAUUCUUGGAGAAUCUCUCCUCAAUUGUCCACUGGACCUAAUUUUUGAUUCUACCUCUCGUGGGAUGGUUCGGUUUUUUUUUCAUUUUUCAUCUUUGCACUUUUUUUUCUCUCUCUCCCUCCCACU